UGCUAAUUAUAGUCACACAGGUGGGGAUCUCCAAUUCCCAUUCCGAAUGUUCAAAACUUCCUGGUAGCUAGCAACACGAACCCUGCAUCGUUAUCUCCGAAAGUUAAAAAAAACUACACACAAAAGGAUUAUAUUACCAAAUUAUUUUCAACAUGCUUAUUGAUGAGGAGGCUUCAUUCAAGUGCAAGGCACAAUGAAGACAGUUGUGUCAGCCGCUAGUACCCUAGAGGACCCCGUACAGCGCCACAUGGCAACCAGCCCUCAUCAUCCACCAAAGACAGGAAGUGACGUCCCACCCGAGUUCCUUGCGCUGUCUGCGCCUCAGAAGCAACUGUGGCGGGAACUGGAUUUAGAAAGUCCCCUUGCCAUAACAGGUCAAGCCGUCAUGGAAUCGAGAAUUAGUGAUGAUUUUCUGAAGAUGUUAAACCAGUAUGAAUCCACAAACGGCACAGUGCAACUACCACCAUCGAGCCACACCAAUGGCGAACACUGUAACAGCAGUCUACCAGCAGAGGCCCAACACAACAGCAGUAACAACAUCACAACAGCUGCAGAUCAGGAUACAAUGAGAACCGGUGUACUAUCAAACGGAAUUAUUCCCAUGGACCUUCAGACAGUGAAGCUAGACCUUUUCCAGCAACUCUCCAACAACAAUCCACAGCAUGUUACGGAGAUUGAAUCAGUGUUUCAACCGUCAUCUCCAGUCAUCCCCCUACAGACUUCUAAUGACCACCCGGCCGCAUUGUCCCCAGUAAGGACACUGGCCAAUUCGAGUAGUGUUCAUUCCAAUUCCCCCAGCCCUCCAUCUUUCUCACAUUCAUCGCCCUCCAAGAUGGAGGUUACCUUGACCACACCCGUGCAUCAUAAUAUACCCGUAAGUAUGGCGAUGGAAAUAUCGCACCAACAACAGAUUGUUUCUUCGAACAAUAUGCCAGUGUCGGUGGAAACGUACAGUAGUCCUAGUAAUGAGAAAGCUUUCAACAUUCAUAGUCCGUCAGACAGUUACAGUAGUCCGAACGCCGUGCAAACGUCGUUUAAUGUGUCGCCUGCAGCGGAAAAUUAUUGUAACGAGAGUGUGGAAUGUAGCAAUGACCUAUUGUCAUUAUCAGAUGGGCCCCAACAGAGUAAACCGUUUGCAUAUCCACAUUCAGAGCUACCAACGUUUGGGACUUUGAGUAGUGACGAAAUUAAGAAACAAUCGGAGCCGCGUUCCACGGGAUCAGUGUUACAUCAGUUGCUGACGCAAACCAAUCAGCCGGAUUAUUUUGAUUUGACUAACACCAGCAGCCCAGAUACAAUAUCGAGUCCAGAUUAUCCAAACGUAGACUCGCCAUCAUCAUUAUCGUCGCCAAACCCAGAUCCAAACACACAGGCGACUCUGAUUAACCAGACUAACCGGGUGCGGAUAGAUUCCGAUCACGAGUUGCCAGUGCAUCCUUUCAAGGAUAUCUGGAAUCUUGGGGACGAGCCUAUAUGUUCUAAAGGGAUAAGAAUGGGUCCUGAUUCGGACGUUUCAGCCUCGACUAUAGACCAAAGUGAUGCUACCAAAGUAUUUGAUGCAGAUGCUGCGAAUCCAAAGUUUGUGUUUCAAAAGUUCGGAAAGCAAGAGGACAAUACGGAUUUAUUCAAUGUUUCUAGUAUUAAGGCGGAUAGUCCAACGAUACCACAUUCACCGGAGGAUACGGACAUGCCUCCACCGAAGGCAGUCGUGGUGACCCGUUCACAGACACACAGCAAGCGGGUGAAGGAGCCGAGUCUAAACCAGAAUUACCCUGCCAAAUCGGGUGGUUACGAAGUGCAGAUUAUCCAACAGCCCGAGGAGCAGCACCGAGCCCGCUACCUUACCGAGGGCAGCAGGGGCGCUGUCAAGAACCGCUCCCAAGAUAGUCAUCCCAUGGUCAAGCUGUUUGGAAACACCGACUCGGCAGUGUUACAAGUAUUCAUUGGGAAUGACGCUGGGAAAACAAGACCGCACGGCUUUUACCAGGCAUGUCGUGUAUGUGGGAAGAACUCGACUCCGGCGAGAGAAAAGGAUAUAGACGGCACCACUGUGAUAGAGAUGGAUCUUACGCCAGCCAAUGAUAUGACUGUCAUGAUCGACAAUGUUGGAAUCCUAAAAUUGAGAAAUGCAGAUGUUGAACAAAGAAUUGGAUUGACGAAAGCCAAGAAAAAGAGCACCAAAGCCCGCAUGAUAUUCCGUGUGGUGUUUAAGAAGGCUGACGGAAACACCCAGACCCUGCAGAUAUCCUCCAGUACGAUAUUGUGCACUCAACCCGUCGGACAGCCAGAGAUCUGUAAGAUGAGCCAUAGCGAAUGGUCAGUUGAGGGCAAAGAGGAACUCUUCCUUAUCGGCAAAAACUUCAUCAAGGGUACGAGGGUGAUGUUCCGCGAGAUGCAGGAUGACAUGCAGGUGCUGUGGGAGAAGGAAGGAGAGAUUGAUAAAGAUUACUUCCAGCCUACCCAUUUGAUCUGUACAAUACCAGCGUAUAAGGACACCAGCGUGACCAAGCUGGUUCCGGUCCAGAUCGUGGUGCAGAGUGCCGGCAAACAAAGCGACCCCCAGAAGUUUGUGUAUACACCUGAAGUGUCCAGGUCGCCGGUCGAAACGCCGAUGCAUACGGAGGAAUGUGAGACAACACCUCACAAGCGCAAGCUCUCCUUCUCUGUGUCACCAGAGGCCAUUGAGCUGCAACAGCAGAUUCAGCAGACUUCUUCAGGAAUGUUCCAGCUACCCCCCGGGACCCUGCCCCCAUUGGCCAGCGAUGUGAUCAUGCAGGUGGACCCUGAGAGUAAUGACACCAACACAAGCCCUGUGGACAAGCCGAAUGAAUUAUUUGGGAAUGUGGGGAUCACCAUGUCCUCAUCAUCAUCGGGUCCAAUGGACCAGCAACAGACUGCCACAACCAUCCAGUCACUGCUGGCAAGUGACCCAGAUCAAGCCUCAAACUCUGCCAGUAAUGAACUUGUCAAAAUGGCUUUGGAGGAAAUGAAAAGUCUGCAGCAGCAGACAGCAUCACAACAACCACCACUACCACCACCACCCGUACAACAAGAACAGCAGCAGCAGCAGCAGCAACAUCAACAACAGUUACAACAGCAACAAUUACAACAGCAACAAUUACAACAACAGCAGCAAUUACAACAGCAACAACAACAACAGUUACAGCAACAGCAACAAUUGCAACAACAACAGCAACAAUUGCAACAACAACAGCAUCAACAACAGCAAACUCCUGACCAAAAGCCAGUCAUGCAACAGAUAUCUGCACUGCUGCAGGAUAGCAACAUGCUGAACUUUACUUCAGCGGGUUUGGAAUUGAACAACUUACCAUUCUUCAAUCCCAUCCAGCCUACCAGUCCUAUAUCUCCACAACAAGCUGCGCCAGACAUGCAGCAGCAACAACAGCAGAUGACAAUCGCACCACAGAUGUCUAUCGCGUCGCAGGUGCUGACAUCUACUUCUGUGCAGGGCGUGGAGCCGACGGUUCAGACUGUGAUGCAAAUGCACCAGCCAGUUCAGACGACUUGGGGACAGCAGCAGCAGCACUGUUUCGGUGACAGUCAGCAGUCAAUGUCUGUCCAGUCAGGCAUCAGUCUCGGUGGUAACGCGCCUACCAUGCAGUCCUCCCCGACGAUGUCCUUCAUGGGGACGUACACCAUGCCGACCCAGUCACAGAUGUCGACCCCUAGAUUCUCCUUCAUUGGCACGUCUGUCACCAACAGUUUGCCACAGGUAGCUGUCCCCAAUCCCGAGCAAGUGCUGGAUAUCAAGCCGCCGCUGCAAUCACUGGCAGCUAACUUCCAAAACAACCAACAUCAGUCUACACCUGUAGCCUCUGUGUCAUCCAUUGCUGGGCAACCGUCGUUACAACAAACAUGGAACCAGCCUCAGCAGCAACAACAACAACAACAACAGCAGUGCUUAAAUGAUACACAACCAGCCACUAGCAUUGCACCAAGUACAUCACAGGCAGGCCAGGGGUCAUCCCCACAGAUCAUCAUCUGUGGCUCCAACUCGACCAAUGGUUUCUCUACUAGCCUGAGUGGUCUUGUAGGAGGACAGCCCACUCAGCUUCCCCUACAGCAGUUGCCCCCAGCACAGCAACAGGCACAACCACAGCAGCAGCAGCAGCAGCAAGCUCAGACACCGUUAGGGCCAAUUGUGAUCCUACCUGGGGGCGUAGGGGGUUGUGGAAACAACCAGCAGGUGGAGAACAUCCUACGAUCCAUCAUCAGCAGUCUGUCUCAGCAGCAGCAGCAGCAACAGCCCCAGCCUCCCCAGUCUUGAUCAGGACAGUGAUGGGCAGGACAGAGCAUGCUUCAGUCGGGGUCAUUCAAGGUUGACCUCUGGUCAAAGGUCGGGGUUCAAUGUAAAGGGCAGCAUACUGGUGCUGUCUGAGGGGAAAUGAGUGGUUUGUCUCACUUUUUCCAUAUACUGUGUAUGGAAUAACGGGAGUCGGAAAAGACUGUAAAUCCACUUUUCCUACCCGAACCUCACCGGAACUCUCGGGGAAACGACUUUCAUCUUCCCCUGCAUAUCAUGAUGUCGAACACAAAGUCGCUGAUUUGUGUGUACCAAUUACAGUGUGCUGCAAAUAUUUUUGUUGUAACUAUAGAGUUUGAGACUAACUAUAGUUUGAAAGUGAUAUUUUACUACUAAAGACAACCUAGUUUGAUACACUGACGCUGUAAAUCGUGUGUGAGGAUCUAUUAGCUUAUUUGUGCAAUGUUUACAAGCUUUAACCAUAUAAAAAGCUAUUUUUUUGCUACUUAUUUUCAAAUUAGUAAGUUUUCAUUUUGCAUUAUUGUGAAAGAAAGGUGCACAAUUUUAUUUUUUUGUCUAAGAGUGUAAAUCAUGAAUGCAGUUUUGUAACGGAGGCAAUGUGGCACAAGUAGUUUUGAAACAUUUUUGUCUCGAUUGUGAGUUGUAGAAUUAACACCAUUUAACUUUUAAAAAAGCCUAUCUGGCAUUUGAAUAGGAUCACACAUAGUGUGGAAGAACACACUGAAUGGCUUAUGGAUAAUUGUAGCUACCAUCUUAUGCAAUUCCUUGUUAAAGAUCAAGAAAAGAACAGGGACCAAAGAUUCCGCUUCGCCCCGCAUUACUACAAUACUAACAGCUAUAAGUAAGGUAAGAUCUCGAAAAAUGGGGCAGAAAUUUUCUUCAAAAAAAAUGCAUCUCCGCGGUAAAUCCGCUUGUAUGGAUCUCGAUAAGGAAGGAAAAAUUGUCUGUGAAAUAUCGGCACGAGAACAGGGGCCAGAAAAAACAACUGAUAGACGAAAAGUUUGUCUUCAAAUAUGAUAAUGUGUUUGAAUUGAGGCUCACAUCUCAAAAAACAAGUCAUGUUAUGAAAAGCAUUUUUGAAAUUUGAUCAAAAGUAUCGACAAUUUCAUAAUUUAAGAAUUAAAAUGAAUGUACACCCUCAUUGAAUGAACUUAUAGGUAUACUUAAAACAAGGAAAGUAGAAUAGAAUUAGAGGGGAGAAAAUGCUUUUUAAAACAUGCAUCAUUGAGUACCAUUAAUUGAGUGGGUGUCGACCAACCAUCAUGUAGAAAGACACUCCAUUUUUUUUUGUCCGCGUACCAAUUAAGAAGGGGUUGCCCAGCUUUGGAUAAAAAUACAAAUAUAUCUUGAACAAUACUUAUGUUUUUAAUAUUAUCUAUGUGUACUUUUCGAGCAUAACCAGUAUUUUGCGAGUCAAUGUGUUUAUUUUGAUGAUGAUUGUUACUAUUUGAACUCUAUAUUUGACGCUGUACAUGAUACAAUAUACACGUUCUAUAAGCUGCAGAGCUAGAAUCUGUAGCAUGUGAUAUAUGUAAGACCUAGUCUUGAAAAGUUUACUGUAGUCUACACUUCUACAAUAGUAGCUUUCUGUAAGCAUGGUUAUAUUCAGUCGGACUUGGUAAAAUAUAAUAUUAAUUAUAUCAAGACACAACAUUUUUUAAGUCUAAUGAAAAAUACUGGAAAUCUGGGCAAAAGCUGAAGUUCGGACUAUUCCAGUAAAAUAUCUGAUUCACAGGGAGAUUUCAUGUCUUUUCAAAUAGGACCAUGACAGAAAUUAUUUAUCAGAGUUCCCUGGAUUUUUGAACUGAUUUGCUUUAUUUAGUGACCACCCAUAGAAUAGCGUCACUGUUGACCCCCAAAUUUAGAAAUAAAUAUACACAAAAAGUAAUGUAGGUCUAAUAUUUCAUCUUCAAUAUUUAACUCAUUCACCCCGGAAGACGCUUUUGAACUCUUCCGAUUCAAAGAUUGGAAUAGUUCAUUAUGAAACUUCAGGGGUGAGUUGAGUUACAGAAAGUGUGUCAUUUGAUACUGGUUGAAGUAUGCUACUCCUGUAGCGACUUUUAACAACUUGAAAUCCAUAUAGAAAAUUGGAUUUUUUUGGUUCUUUUCUUCUGUCAUUUUAUGUAGAUUAAAAUAUUUCAAACCUCAACUCACCAUCCAUACAAUUUCUAUAUUUUACUGUCAAAGUGAAUAUAUAUUUUACUUGUGUAGUCCUUAUUUCUAGCCCUAACUCAUUCCCCCCUGAAAUUCCGUAAUUAACUAGUCCAACCUUUGAAUUGGAAGAGUUCAAAAGUGUUUUAAGGGGUUAGGAGUUAAAUUAAUGUUUGGGAUCACAUAUUAUUUACCUGUAUAUCUAUCACCUGCAUGAAGAUGUACAACUAUUACCUGUAUGUCAUCAGCGUUCAGGUAUUUAUGUCAUCAGCGUUCAGGUAUUUUAAAUAUUUACCUGUAAACAGGUAUAUAAAUAGUGCUUGUAUGUCACUUGCAUAUAUACAGGUAUACACACAUUAUUUACCUGUAUGUUGCCUUCAUACCACCUGCAUACAGAUGUAUGCCUCUUCCCUGUACAUUGCCUGUAGACAGGUAUACACUUGUUAUUUACCUGUAUCGCCUGCACACAGGUAGACACAUAUUUACCUGUAUAUCGCCUGAGAACAGGUAAUCUCAUAAAUCACCUGCAUACAGGUACGCAAAUCUUCAGUUUAGGAUAUGAUAUGACAUAAUUUAACUGUCAAAGUUGAUAAAUUCAUCGUAGCAUGUAGUGGUAUUUCAAAUACUGUCAAACAUGAUACAAAAACAUUUGACCUAUAUUUAUUUUGUCAAGUUAGGAUAUGGAAGGGACAAAAGAAUAUAAAAAAAAA